AUGACGGCUGCUAGACUUUUUGUAUUCGGCGUAUUUCUACUAGUACCGUAUCCAAUUCUGGGAGCUGAUGCUAAAACGUGGCCGAUCACUGUGAAUACCGUAACCCCGGACACGUUGCCGCCAGAGUUGGCAUUUGGCCUGAAGCAGAUUGAGGAAAUUUUUACGAAAAAUGGCAAUGCCACUGACAUUUCAAACCUAUGGACAAACGGAGCCACAUGCCAGGCAUGCCAUGCCCUCAUUGGCACGGUGCAAAUCCUGCUUCGAAUGCCGAUGAUUACGAAUUUUAUCCAAUUCCUAUGCGCGGAGAAGAUACAGACAAAAAGCUACUGUACCAUGCUUAACGUCCUGCUCCACGAGCUCAGCGAGCACCACGUCAACUUUUUCUGCAUGGCAUUCGGGUGCCCCGUGAUUGGCAGAGGUCAAUUUGAGCAAGACCUCGAGUGGGGCCGCUUCCACCACAACAUCCGCACCGGUCUCUUCCAGAACCUGCCCAUCAAUGAGGCACUUGAAGCGGCAAAAAAUAUGGACAAUUUGAUGCUGGUCUUCAACGGCCUGCGGAUCGGCGCUCAGAUUGCGGCAAUUGGC